AUGCACAUCCAGUCACCUGCUCGCUUGACCUUGUUAAUAGUUCUGUGUUCGCCAGCGCUCGCCGUCAAAGAUACAUUCGAUGCACUCAGCCUUCUGUCCCGAGGAAUCCAUAGGUUGGACGAGGUGGUCUAUCGAGGUGCUGAUGAGAUGACAGUGGGCCACCUAGUAGCACGGAUGCCCCAACCACCACCGGUCGCUCCAACUCAAUCCGCCGCUGCCAACUUGACCCGUUCGGAUCCGUCAAGCAUUGACCAGGCACAGAUAGAUGCCACAACCUCUGCGGCAUGUAGUACUGCACUUGGCGACAUCGGGAGUGUCUCGAACGACGCUGGGCUUCUUGGCUGCUACAACAUCCCAUUUCUCAAUACCAACACUGGCGUGUUCGAAGCCGAUCUCAGGCUGUAUCAGCUCAUGCAACCAAGAGGCGCUUUCGAAGGAAUCAGGUCAACCGACAUUAGCGUGCAAGUGAGUUACCCUAAUGCGGCGUUCUCGACUAUUCCACAAAGCAUGCGGAAUGCAAAGAGGGAAGCUGAACUAGAAAGUCGACAAGCUCCUGGAAGCAUGACGGAGCUGCAAACCUUUUUGUUUGUAGGCCAGGUCAGUGGUGGGUUGACUCUGACCAAGUUGACUGACAAUGAUCUGAUGGCCCUCCUAAUUCCUACGAUACAGCUUGGUGCAGAUAAAGGUGGCGACUCCAAGGCGUCAACGAAUCUGACCAGCUCAUCUAUGAUCUUCUUCGUCUCAGGUAUCUUUCAAGGCCCCGCCGCCACCGCCGCCGCCGAAAAAGCGGGCGAGUUUACGCUUCCUGGCACCACUCUCGGUAUAUUCCCAGUCGGGUUAAUCAUCACCUCAGUCUGGACGCUGGUAUUCCUCUCUGUUGUCGGCUAUGGUACAUGGGAAAGGAUGCAGUUUCGAGAGCAAUUUCGCCAACGGAAAGUAAGGGCAAUGGCUGCUGGAAAGGCUUGA